AUGCGCUUUUGGAGUCUUUGGCUUCUUUUGCUCCUUUCUUUGGCAUUUGAUGCUGUUUUAGCCUAUUUCUUGCUACAGAAUGGAUCCCAUGAGAUUGAAUGGGUAACUAAUUUAAAGAAUAACUACGGAUAUGAAGGUAAACUUAGCAGAAUUCGUAGAACAGAUAUGCUUCAACUUAAUGGUUCUACAUAUCUUGACUAUACAGGCAGUGGUCUCUACCGUACAUCACAAAUUCGUGAUAUUAUGGCAACCCUUCAACAAAACUUAUUUGCUAACCCUCACUCUGAGUCUCCAGCUUCUUCAUUUACAACAGAUCUUGUUGAAGAAGUCAGAGAAGAAGUUUUGAAGUUUGUUGGCGCAAAUGCAAAUGAAUACUCAGUAAUCUUCACAGCGUCUGCAACAUCAUCACUCAAACUUCUUGCAGAGUCAUUCCCAUGGUCGAACGAGUCCCUCUAUCUUUACACAAGAGAUAAUCAUAACUCAGUUUUAGGAGUUCGCCGCUGGGCAAGGCACUUUGGAGGAAACUUCAAGGCGGUCGAUCCAUCAGACCUUGAAGGCGAUGGAAAAACCCUUACAUCCUCAAACGAUGGCCCUUAUAACUUAUUUGCUUUUCCAGCUGAAGAGAACUUCGCCGGAAAGAAGUACGAUCUCAACCUCAUUCAGAAAUUCAGAACAACAGACUACGGAAACAAGUUCGCCAAAGGAAAAUGGUUUGUUUUACUUGAUGCCGCCGCAUAUCUCCCAACAAACCGCUUAAACCUCAAGAAGACACAAGCAGAUUUCGUUGUCAUGAGUUUCUACAAGAUCUUCGGCUAUCCAAACCUCGGAGCUCUCAUUGUAAGAAAUGAUGCCCUUAAAUAUCUCGAGAAACGCGAUUUCUCAGGCGGCACAGUUGUUAUUGCAACAUGUGGUACAGACUACGUUCUCUUCCAGCCACGUACUUGCGCCAAAUUCGAAGAUGGAACAAUUCCAUUUUUAUCUAUCAUUGCUUUGAAGGAAGGCUUCAAGAAACUUAACGAGCUUGGCAUUGACAACAUCAACAAGCACGUAUGGGCUCUUACAAGAGAACUCUACACCAGAUUAUCCAGAUUAAGACAUAAAUCUACAGGAAGGCCAGUAGUUAAGAUCUACGGUAACCACAUGAAGAACAAUGACAAGUUACAGGGUGGUAUUCUCGCUGUUAACUUCUUGAAUCAGACAGGCGGAUUCGUCGGAUACAAUGAAGUCAUGAAGAAGUCCGCCAAAGCUAACAUCAACCUCCGUGUUGGAUGCUUCUGCAAUCCAGGUGCAUGCACAGCUGCCGCUGGACUCCAGGACGACCAAGUAAUGCAGUAUUUCAGCAAAAAGACUUCUUGCCACGACGCUAUUGAUAUUGUUGAUGGUGUUCCCCUUGGUGCAGUAAGAAUCUCACUCGGUGCAUAUACAACUAUCGAAGAUGUCGUUAAAAUAGAACAAUUCGUAAUUGAUAACUUCGUCCAUUAA